AUGCUUAGCGAGCGACUCCAGUAGAGGGCGUUGCAGUCGCUGAGAUGGCGGCCGCAGCAACUCAUGUCGACGAAUUGGUGAAAGAAUAUCUUUUACAGCGAGGCCUCACUUCUUCUUUCCGUGCAUUCGAGUUGGAACUGAAGAAUGAGAAAGAGAAAGGACUCCGGGUCGACAAAUUGCUGGACCAGUUACAGCAAUAUAUCUCCUCGUUUGACUUGACCAGUCUUCGAGAAUACUGGUCUCGCCUCAACACACGCCUCUUCUCACGUCUUGACCAGCGGUACAUGGCCGGAGUGCGGAAAAUGGAAGUCGGUCUCCUCAAGUUUUAUCUCAUAUAUGCAACGCAGAACAACAAGCAUGACAAGAUAAUGGAAUUCUUCGAGAAACUCACAACGGAGCUUCAGAAUCAGCCCGAAUUUCGAGAAUGGUUUAUUUUACCUUUUGUUCGGAAUCCAGAAGAACAUCCAUUAUUUUCAAUCCAUUUCACACGCCAAUGGCAGGAAACCUAUUUUCUAUCACUUCACAACUUCCUCAGUGCUGUCUUACAAGUUAUCCCCCGUCCAACACUGCUUGCUUUUGAAGAAGACACACUUCAGAAGAAGAAAAUCCUACAAGAAAAUGAAAUGCUGAAAAUGAAGCUUCAUGCCCAGAUCCAAGCUGAAGCGGCCAAACAUAGUAACAGUGGGGAACGACGACACACAGUCUCUGCUGACCUUGUGCACCCUUCUGAGGAAUUGAUCUUUGAUUUUUCCGGUCUUUCAGAUGAGUCUCUCAAUGAAAAGACUAAGAAGACCGGGAAACGGUUUGCGCUGAAUUUCUCUUCAUCACCUCUGCUUGGCAAGAAAUUAAGUGUGGCCACUUUAAAGAAAUCAGAAUCAUCGACGGCUCCAAAAGAAGUACCAAAAUCUUCAAAAAACCGAAACAACCAGGGCUUCCCUAUAAUCAACGGAGCACAGGCUAACACGAGUGGACUGAAAGUUGGUUCUUUUGGCAACAUAUCCGGAUCACCUUCACACUCUGAGGAAAGUCUUUCAGGAGUGGCCAGCAGCCGAUCUCGACACCAAAUGGAGGAGUACGAAAAGCAGCGGCGAGCCCUUCUUGGACUGUCCGAUUCCAGCCGUUCCAAAGAUAAGCGACCGAGCGAAGGGGACGUAACUGCCAGUCGGUACCAGGGAUCACAGAGACUUGCCAACUUUUUCCGGAGCAGCAGCCAAGCAGAGAUCGAUGUGAACUCCACAUCGCCAGACAUACGAUCGACGGGAUCGUCGCCUUCUAACUUUAUGAUCGGAUGUCUGAAUGAGAGUCCAAGUUUCAGCCUGAAUGACCGACACGGUCAAGGUCAAGUUCAAGGACGUUCAGGGUCAGAUCCGGCUCUUGGAGAAGCUUCAUCUUCAAUUUUGUUUGGUGGUAUGAAGAAGGACUUGUCUGAUAACGAGGCGUAUGGAAGAGCAGACAAAUUACAAGCAAUGGAGUCAAAUUCUCCGAGUAAUUAUAGUAAAGUUUCAGAUGAUUCAGAAGAAUUACCAUUCCUACUGCUUAGUCAAGAAGAAUACGGAGAACAUCGGUCCGGCAUCUGUUAUUGUCGGUUUAGCAAUUCUGGUCAGUAUGUGGCCAGUCUGGAUGCCGAUGGAGUGGUCAAAGUCUGGACAUGGAGCCCUCAGCCAGCUACAAAGGCCACAUGUAUGGCAAAAUCUCCGUUCCUCUCUUUAGAAUGGUCACAGAAAUCAGACAGACUUUUACUUCUGGGUAAUCGAUCUGGAAAUAUCCGAUUGUUUGAUGUGAAGGACAAGAGAUCAGUUGUAGAAGCCUGCACAGAUCAAAGUUACCCCAGAAUCUGCUGUCUGUGUAGCAGUCCAUCGACCAAUCAGUUUGUGUGUUCAGCAACCACGAGUAAGAUGAAGAGUGGUAGCGUUACCAGCGGCAAUGGUGGCCAGUCUACAGCAGCAGCCAGUCGUAUUGGUCGACUGUCCAUCUGGAAUUUGAAAACCAUGAAAAUGGAGAAAACAUUGCCAAUUGACGGAGGAGGGUUUGUUGCUGUGAACUGCUGUGCUUUCAACCACAAUGGUCAACUGUUGAUUGUAGGGGCAGUUGAUGGGGCAGUGAGAAUGUUUGAUAUGCAACAACAGAAGACCAUAGCCAAAUGGGCAGCACACGAAGGCGAAGUUCUUUCAUUGCAGUUCAGUUCUGAUGAAACGUCCUGCUUCACCAUGGGUAUCGACAAUAAGUUCUACCAAUGGAGCAUCCUUCAACCUGGCAAGAAGCUGACCGAGUUUGUCAUCUUCCACACGGCUACAUCACCAAUCAUCAUCAACAAACCAUUUUCUGGCCGGGAAACUCUGUACGGCAGAUCCUUUGCCUUCGACAGUGAAGGUCACUACAUGUUGACCUGUCAUAAAAAUGAAGGUAUUAUAUAUGAGAUAAAUUCCGAAGGUUCGUCAGGGUGUUACGCUGAUAAGCACAUGCUAUUGAAGGGCCACCAGGGCUUAGUGACGACUGUCGAUUGGUCCCCGUCAGUGGAUACCCGCAUCUGUUUGACCGGGUCGUUGGACGGCAAAGUGAAGAUAAGCACGAUGCUUACGAAAUGAGGAGAUAAACUGAACAAACAUGCUGAUGAUGAUGAUGAAUAAGAAUAAGAAGAAGAAGAAGAAUCAAUUUAAGCAGCAGCAGCAGCACGAACAACAAUAAUAAAAAGAACGGUGUGACCCUGUCUUUUUCCAAACUUCUGUACAGUAACCGUACAGCAUUCUAUAGAAUUCCCUACUUUGCAUCACUGCUGCUGCUGCUGCUGGUGUUGUUGUUACUGUUGUUGUUGUUAUUAUUGUUGUUGUACUGUGUAAAUAAUCGUUUCUAGUAGAAGCACAGGGCCGCAAGUAAGAGGCACUGGGUCACAAGUUGAUGCCAUAUAAGGCACAGGGCCAGAAAUUGGUACCACUUAAACAUAGGGCCACAAAUAUGGGUUGCAGCAGUGGUGGUGGUAGUGGUGGUGGUGGUGGUGAGAGUUUCAUCGAAACCUUCUCUCCCACUUCCCCUGCCAAUACUGGUCUGGGACUUUUGUUUUAAGGUCCCCACCCCACAUCCCUACAGCAACAUGAAAGUCGAAGUAGAGCUUUGACAGGGUUUGAACUCAGAACCUAGAGAACCAGAAUAAAUAUCACACAGCAUUUUGUAGUCCAAUGUUCUACCAGUUCUUACAUUCUCCUGUCCUUAUAUUGUGUAAAUAGUGAUGACAACGAUGAUGAUGAUGAUGGUGAUUAUUCACCAACAUCAUCAUUUAAUGUCCCUUUUUCUAUGCUGGCAUGGGUUGGAUGGGUCAGCAGGAUCCUAGUAGCCAGGGGGCUGCAUUGGGGCCCACUGUCUGCUUUGGCAUGGUUUCUACAGCUGGAUGCCCUUCCCAAUACCAAACCAUUCUACAGAGUGUACUGGGUGCUUUUGAUGUAACACCAGUACUAGUGAGGGCACCAAGUACUUUGCCAGAUAAGACCCCUGCCCCCUUGACUGAGUGUGAUUAUAGUAUUGAAGUAUGAUGGAGGAACAGAAACAAGUGUCUUGCUGAAGAGGUAAAUACGUGGCUUCUCCUGGUGGGAAGAUAGACAGUGAGAGAGAAGCGUGGUGAGGACAUGGUUGUUAUGUAAAAAAAAUAAACAUUUUGGGCUGGUUGGCAUUUGGAAGGGCAUUCAGCUGUAAAAACCAAGCCAAAACUGACCUUGCCUGUGCUGGUGUCAUGUAAAAAGCACUGAGUCCACUUUGU